UUUACUAAACAGGCUGGACUAUAAUGUUGCAGUGCCACAAGCAAUUCAGUACUACUCUUUCAGCCCUGUUCCCCUUACCUGCAGAGUCCUCCUCUUUUUCUACCCUCCCAGGUAAGUGCAGUUAAUAGUACACACCUGCACCUCAGGUGUAAUGUAGACAGCAGAGUGGAGAAUAAUGCAUGUCUCCAGCACACACUUCUUUGAAUAUGAUGUAAAUUUCAGGAUAUCAGAUUACAGCUCUCGAGCAAGGGGUGGGGAGUAAAGGAAGGGAGAGCACACCUGAAGUAAAAGGCAGAGGAAAUGUUUUCUCCACCUCUUUUCACUGUGAAGUAGAGGAGUGUACCUAGCAUACACAGGAGCACCAGCAUGAGAGCAAGCUGGAUGAAAGCUUUGCUUACAGUCCUCAUUGUGGCCUUCACAUUGCUAUACCUCAGCUCUAUUAAGAAGGAGGUCCACAUUCAUUCUGAGAGACUGCAGAGGGUCCAUUACAAUGACUCCAUCAGGGGUCAGGGAAUCGUCAAGAGGAUGGAAAAGAUGGAAACAGACAUCAACAGGCUGCUCAGUUUAAUGAAAAAGCUUGAAAAGAGGGCACCAGCAGCUGAGAGGAAGGAAGAGGUGAAGGACAAGAGGAAGAUGGUGAGGAAGCUGUACCCCAACUCUGAUCUAUUCAAGAAGUGGGGUGACGAUCUGUCGGAGGAGGAGCAGAAGGAAGCCGAGCAGUUGUUUCAGAGAUAUGGAUACAACGCCUUCCUCAGUGACAGGCUGCCCCUCAACAGAGAGAUUCCCGACACCAGGCCUCCGAGGUGUGCUGUGAAAAAUUAUCCGAAGGAUCUGCCGACCAUCAGUGUUGUGUUAAUCUAUUUGGAUGAAGCUCUUUCAAUCAUUAAAAGAGCCAUACGCAGCAUCGUGGACAAGACACCAGCUCGGCUGCUCCAAGAAAUCAUCCUGGUGGACGAUCACAGCAGCAACGAGGACUUAAUGAAGAAGCUGGAUGAUUACAUCAGCUUUAUCCAUGAGGAGCGUCCAGGCCUGGUGAAGAAAGUGCGGCACUCUGAGCAGCUGGGCCUCACCCAGGCCAGACUGUCGGGCUGGAAGGCAGCUGAGGGAGAGGUGAUUGCAAUCUUAGACGCUCACAUAGAAGUCCACGUCCAAUGGGCAGAGCCUUUACUGGCUCGGAUUAAGGAGGACCGGACCGUUAUACUGACGCCUGUUUUUGACAAGGUCAACUACGAUGACCUGACACUGAGUUCCUACAAUACUGCAUCUCAUGGCUUUGACUGGGCAAUGUGGUGCAUGUACGAGUCCUUCAGACCUGAGUGGUAUGCCCUGGAUGAUGAGACGCAGCCUGGCAAGAGCCCCUCAGUCAUGGGGAUACUUGUGGCUGAUCACAAGUUCUUCGGAGAGAUUGGAAGCCUUGAUGGUGGAAUGAAAAUAUACGGUGGGGAAAAUGUGGAGCUGGGGAUCCGGGUGUGGCUGUGUGGAGGAAGCAUUGAAGUUGUGCCUUGCUCUAAAAUUGCCCACAUUGAACGAGCAGUAAAGCCUUACCUCCCAGACUUGAGUGUCAUGAUGAAGCGUAAUGCACUGAGGGUAGCAGAGGUGUGGCUAGAUGAAUACAAAUACAAUGUCAACAUUGCUUGGAAUCUUCCCCUUGAGAACCAUGGGAUAGACAUCGGAGAUGUGUCGGAGAGAAAGAAGCUCAGAGAGAGGCUUAAUUGUAAGCCCUUUAAGUGGUAUUUAGACAAUGUUUAUCCCAAACUGGACCCCCUGCAUGACCUGCUCAGUUAUGGAGCUAUGAUAAAUGAUCUGAAGCCAGAACUCUGUGUUGACCAAGGCCCGAUGCCAGGAAACACACCCAUCUUGUAUGGAUGCCACUUCUAUUCGAGUCAACACUGUUUUUAUCGCUCUGAUGGACAACUCUACAUUGGCGGGAUCAAAUCUCAUAAGUACAACAGCAACCGCUGUCUAGUGGACCCUUUCAGUGGUCUCUACCCGGGGCUGUAUGACUGCAAAAUAGCCAAACAGAAAGACUUUCACAUGCUGUGGGAUUUUAAACAGGGAGGACCGAUCCAGAACAGAAAAACAAAGCGAUGUCUAGAAAUUGCGAAGGAUGACGUUGGCUUUUACCAACUCAUCGUCCAGCAGUGCACCGGUCAGAGCUGGAAUAUACAAAAUCUCAUCAAAGACCACUAAGAGACUGCUGGGCAGGUCUCAGAAGAUAAUCAGCUGUUUAUUGCACAAAAAGUGAACCUCGUGUCAAAGAAAGAUCUUUAGUUGUCUUUCGUUACAUCAUUAUUUAAAAAAGAAACAAGGUUUCUGAAGUGAGUCACUGAAAAAGUGAAACUUUUUUUCUUCUACUUUUUGUAUUUAAAUUAGAUGUAUGUAUGUCUAUACGUAUGUAUGUGCAUCAACUACAAAGAAACAUUUUUCUUGUUUGUUUUGAAUAGAGAAAUUUCCUUGUGAAUAGUUCCCCUGUACAUGUUUGGUAUUAUGAAGACAAAAGACUAGCUGUGCAUGACAAACUUGACCAAACCUCCCCCCCCACUGUCAGCUGGUCUCUUGUAAAGCUUCUUCGUGAUCGCUCAAGGGGUUAAAAAGCUACUAAGACACUUACAGUACCAACCUGCCAAUGCCGUCAAACUGUUAGUCUUACUGUUAACAGAGACUCCAAUAGCCUUAAUCUUUUUUUUUUUAAAUACAGUCUGCUAAAGGCCUAUGAAUAUUUACCUUAGUGAUAUUACAAACAUUCAGUCAUUCAUUCAAGUCAGUCAGGAUCUAAUAUCACUCGGCUGUUAUGAGUUGGCAGAAAUGAAGGCGUCCCACUUUUUCUGCCACAUGGCACGACCUGAAUCCUUCAGAUGAGCUGGGAGUGAGCUAUACCUGCAGGCAGAAGAAGAAAUAUUUAAUGAAAAGAAACAUACUGCAACAGGGCUUAAAACCAAAGGUUUUCUUAAAAUAAUAUAAACAUUCAUGUUUUUUUAAUGUGAAAAUCAUCUUGGAGAGAUUUAUAAGUUGCUUCAAAAAUGCAAUUCCAGCAUGAAUAUUAUUGCUGUCCUGACAAAUAAAUAAGGACAUUAUCUGAACGCUUGGCUCAAUUUUUUAUUUUUAAAUUUUACUAAACAUGAGUAACUCUGUGUUAGCAUAGUGCUGAACAUCAUAUUGGAGGAUACUGUUACUGAUAGCAUGAGUUUAGUCAUCCUCGUGCACUUAAAAACUGGUAUGCUCGUAAUGCUGACUUUAACUAAUUAUAUCUACAUUUUCUAAGGAAAAUGUUAAAUUUAAUGGAAUCUGGUCAGAUGAAAUGUACUUUACUUAAAUAAAUAAACCUUUGAUUUGAUAUAUUUCCAGUGCAUUCCUGAGAAUUGUUCUUCAUGUUUAUUGAGAGGUGAGAAUCAUUGAGUGUAUGUUGGACUGAAAUUCAUUCACUUGUAUAAUUUAAUUCAUGCUCAUUCAAAGAUAGUAUGAUGAAAACUGGCAUCAGCUGUUGGCCACCACAUUUUGAGCCCAUCUUGUUUUCUUUGAAGGCUUAACGUUAAAACAUGAAUGAAAGAAAUAAAGUGAAAUUAUUCUGA